AUGCAUCUGACCGGUUGUGCAGUCGUGUGGUCGCUGGCCGCGUCGGCGCUGGCCCUGUCGACGCCCUCGAACCUCGUCAGCCACGAGAAGCGCACGCAGUCCCUCAAGCAGUGGGUGAAGCGCGGCGACGUCCAUCGCAGAGCCAUUCUGCCCAUGCGUAUCGGCCUCAAGCAGUCCAACAUCGACAACGGCCGGGCUCAUGCCCUGCUCGACGACAUGUAAUAAUCACCCACUCCAUUAUUCCACCCCUCCCUCAAUAAUACCUAAUACAACCCCACGCACGCUCACUGAUAUCGAUAUCACUCAUCAGCUCCCACCCCGACUCGCCCAACUUCGGCCAGUGGCUCUCCGCCGAGCAGGUCCACGACCUCUUCGCCCCCGCCCCGGAUGCCGUCGACGCCGUCCGCGCCUGGCUGCACGACGCCGACAUCUCCCCCGCCCGCAUCUCCCAGUCCACCAACAGGCAGUGGAUCCAGUUCGAUGCCACCGCCGCCGAGGCCGAGCGACUCUUCAAGACCAAGUACCACCACUACGAGCACCUCCCCACCGGCAGCAAGCACGUCGCCUGUGACGAGUACUUCCUCCCCGACCACGUCUCCCGCCACGUCGACUACGUCACCCCGGGUCUGAAGCUGCUCGGCGGCGGCAGAGCCUCCAACGGACGCCCCCUCGACGGCCGCAAGCGCGGCCGCGGCAUGGACAAGCGUGGCUUCCGCACCGCGCCCAACCAGAACUUCUCCACCCCUCCCAUCAUCGGCCCCCUCCCCAUCCCGCCCACCGUCCUGAACGCCACCAAGCAGUUCGAGCUGGCCAACUGCGACAGCUACAUCACUCCCCCGUGUAUCGCCGCCAUGUACAACAUCACCCAGGCGACCAAGGCCGCUCCCGGCAACGAGCUCGGCAUCUUCGAGGAGGGCGACUUCUACGGCCCGGCCGACUUGGCCCUGUUCUUCGCCACCCUCGCACCCAACAUCCCCGUCACCACCAUGCCCAAGCUGGAAGGCGUCGACGGCGGAUUCGCCCCGGGUGCUUAUGCCGGGGGAGAAUCGGAUCUCGACUUCCAGAUCUCCUGUAAGCAGAGCGUUUGUGAACGAACAUACAUCCUCCAGCACCACCCUGACCACAUCCUCCUCACAGACCCCAUCAUCUACCCGCAGAACGAGAUCCUCUUCCAGACCGACGACAUCUUCUACGCGACUGGCAUCGAGGGCGGUGGUGGCUUCCUGAACACCUUCCUCGACGCCAUCGACGGCUCGUACUGCAACUACUCCGCCUAUGGCGAGACCGGCGACGCCAGCAUCGACCCCAAGUAUCCCGAUCCGAUCCUCCUCGGCUACCAAGGCCAGCGUCAAUGCGGUGUCUACAAGCCCACCAACGUCAUCUCCAUCUCCUACGGCGAGCAGGAGGACGACCUGCCCACCAACUACCAGCAACGCCAAUGCAACGAGUUCAUGAAGCUCGGCAUGAUGGGCACCUCGGUCAUCAUCGCCUCCGGUGACUCGGGUGUUGCCGCUCGCGGCACGGACGACAACAACGCGGAUGGUGUGUUGAUCUCACCCACCCACCCUUUCUCGACAGACACGUUUUGCUGACGACACUCUCCCAGGCUGUCUCGGUCACGGCGAAGUCUUCAACCCCGACGUACGUCUUUCGAAGUUCCUCCUACGCUGAAAUCCGCUGACAGUGCCUCGCAGUUUCCCGCCUCCUGCCCAUACGUCACCGCCGCUGGCGCCACCUACCUUCCUCCCGGCGGAGACCCAUACAAAGACCAAGAAGUCGCCGUCACCCGCUUCCCGUCCGGAGGUGGCUUCUCCAAUAUCUGUCAGUCAUCCUCUUCGAAUUCUUCCACCUCCCCUCCGUACUUAUCUUCCCUCUUCCACCUCCCCUCCGUACUCAUCUUCCCUCUUCCACCUCCCCUCCUUACUGACCACCUCCUCUCUUCCUCUAGACCCCCGCCCCGCCUACCAAAACGCCUCCGUCACGAACUACCUCACCGCCCACACCCCCUCCUACCCCACCUACAACACGUCCGGCAUGAACAACCCCCCCGAGUCCGUCACCAACGGCGGCCUCUACAACAUCGCCGGCCGCGGCUAUCCGGACGUCUCGGCCAUCGGCGACAACGUCGUCGUCGUCGUCAACGGCAUGUUCGAGCUCAUCGGCGGCACCUCCGCCGCCGCCCCGACCUUCGCCGCCAUCAUCAACCGCGUCAACGAGGAGCGCAUCGCCGCGGGCAAGAAACCCGUCGGCUUUUUAAACCCCACCCUCUACGCCCAUCCGGAGAUCUUUCACGACAUCACCGUGGGGAAUAAUUCCGGCUGCGGCACGCCGGGGUUCUACGCCGCGCCGGGCUGGGAUCCCGUCACGGGGCUGGGCACGCCGAAUUAUCCGGCUAUUCUGAGUCAGUUUAUGAGUAUGCCGUAG